AUGAUUCGAACGUUUGCUGGUUUCGCCGUUCUUGGCCUUGGCAUAUGGUCCCUUUGUUACAAAAGUGACUAUGCUUCGUUGCUGACAUCGAGCACGUACAUCGUCACCGUUUAUCUGUUUACAGCAGCGGGCGUGCUGGUAUUGUUCCUCGGCAUAUUCGGUUGCGUAGGUCUGUAUAAAGAAAAUCGGUCAUGUCUCCUUCUGUUCACCUUUUCGUUGUUGCUGAUUUUUGUGAUCGAGGCUGUCGCCGGAGUCUUGUCCUAUAUCUACUGUGAGCAGAUCGACCGCGAGCUGAAACAAAACUUUCAGCAAACGUUGAUGGAACGUUAUGGUAGUGAUGAAACCGUGACGAAAGCCACCGAUCGACUACAUGAAACGCAUGGUUGCUGUGGAGCGGAAAUGUUUCGGGACUGGCGCAACAGCACGUGGUAUAAGACAGUCAACUCAGAGGCACAGGCGAAAAAGCGUGACGGUAAAAUUCAACAAGUGCCAGACGUCUGCUGUCGGUCAGUAAAACCUGGUUGUGGGCGUCGCGAUCACCCUUCAAACAUUUACUAUGAGGGCUGUCUACCAGUUUUGAGGCACGAAAUACAAGAACAGGAGGUGAUUCUUGGCGCAGUGGCUCUUGGAAUUUCCGCCAUCGAGGUAAAUUAUUCAUUUAUGAAAUUAAUGCGACAGAUUGUAACAAAUUUCUUGUGAAU